CAGUGCAAUGGAAUGGAAAUUCCAUUGGAAGAAAAUGGAAGAAAAGAAGAUACAGAUGGAAGAAAAGAAGAUACAGAUGGAAUUCAUUAGUAGUGUGGAUCAAUGAAGAUAUAUAAGGAGCAACGUAAUACCCUGGACAGCCAAUGAGGGAUUUUUUUACACAAAUGAACGGUCUUGGCUGACUACAGAUUUUUAGGUGAUAGAAAUCAAAGGCAGCAGAAGCAAUGUGACAUCAACAAGAGAACCAAUAUGCUUCUGUAAAUUCCAACUAUGAAUUAAUGAUGGAAUAACCAGGACAUAACAUAUGUUAAAAACCAGUGGUCAGAAUAAAUGUAUGUGUGUGUGCAUGUCUGUCUGUCAUCGGGGGCUAUUUCUUAAUCGAACUCCAAGGAGAAAGAGGAUGAAUCCAGAGAAUUUGACCUCCCAGAGCUUGCUCUCAGCAGUCAAUAGCAACACUAGCAAUCUGUUUUUGGGGCUCCAACUUGUGCAGUUCUUCAAGCCUCUCAUUAUUCCUUGUUACUGCUUAGUGGUUUUUGUUGGCAUCAUUGGGAAUUACCUCCUCAUCUAUGUGAUCUGCAAGACCAAAAAGAUGCAUAAUGUCACCAACUUCCUGGUUGGCAACCUGGCAUUCUCUGACAUGCUCAUGUGUGCUACCUGUGUGCCCCUGACACUGGCAUAUGCCCUUGAGCCUAGAGGGUGGGUCUAUGGACGCUUCAUGUGCUAUUUUGUGUUCCUGAUGCAGCCAGUCACAGUGUUUGUGUCUAUCUUUACCUUGACUGUCAUUGCUGUGGACAGAUACUAUGCCAUGAUUUAUCCGUUCCGGAGGAGGCUGACAAUAAAGAUCUGUGCCUAUACUUUGGCUGCUAUUUGGUUGCUAAGUGGCAUGCUAGCUGCUCCAGCUUUGAUCCACACAUACCACACAGAAUUCCCAGAACUGGAUCUUGCUAUCUGUGAAGAAUUCUGGUUCCAUAUGAAGACAGACCACCUAGCUUAUGCCUACAGCACCUUCAUUCUCACUUAUGUGCUGCCAUUAAUGGUCAUCUCUGUUUCUUACCUGAGGGUCUCCAUCAAACUGAAAAACCGAGUUGUCCCUGGCAGUGUCACCCAGAGCCAAGUGGAGCGUGACAGAACCAGGAGGAGGAAGACCUUUCGCCUCCUCGUCUUGGUUGUGGUGGCCUUUGGAGUUUGUUGGCUGCCAUUGUACCUCUUCAAUAUAAUAAAGGACAUUGAUAUUAAACUCAUUGAUAAGAAAUAUUUUAACCUCAUCCAGCUCAUGUGUCACUGGUUUGCUAUGAUGUCUGCCUGUACCAAUGCCUUCCUAUAUGCCUGGUUGCAUGACAACUUCAGGGAGGAGCUAAAGAAAAUGUUUAUUUGCAGGAGAAAAAAGACAAGGCCUGCCCCAAAUUGUAUUGUAGCUAGUGUGGUGCUGUAAAUGGAGUUGUUUCAAUUGCACUGUUGCUUCUCUGGUUUUGAAGUCUCCGUGUUGUUGAGUGGGUUUUCUCGGGGAGAAUGGAGUGCUAAUCAAAUCUAAAAUGUGAGAGAUAAA